AUGUGGUUGACUGUGAUUUAUUGGUUGAGUUGUAUUUCGCUGACAAUUAGUGCUGAUGUGAAUCUUUAUGGUGGUACGGCUAAUGGAUGGGAAUUCGUACGGGAUUUGUUCCGUGAGAAUUUCGUGCAAGGACGAGAUACCGGUGGCUCGAUCGCGAUUUAUCAUCAGGGCCGAUUAGUAGUAGAUUUGGCUGGCGGAUGGUUCGAUGCAUCAAAGACGAAGGUCUAUGAUAACGAGACACUUCAAUUGGUAUUUUCCACAUCAAAAGGUUUAGUUGCUAUCGCUGCAGCACUUUGCGUUCAACGAGGUCUUUUGGAUUAUUCAGCACCUGUGACGCGCUACUGGCCAGAAUACGGGCAGAGAGGCAAAGAGAAUACGACUGUCGCAGAUAUUCUGUCACAUCGUGCUGGUGUGCCUAAUGUUUUGAUCUCUUCGUUCGAUCAAUAUCUGAAUUGGACAACAAUGAUCGAUUUGCUUGAACAGGAACGACCUGUCUGGAUUCCUGGACAUGCUCAAGGUUAUCAUGCAUUGACCUAUGGAUGGUUAGCUGGUGAACUCAUACGACGAGUCGAUCCACAGAAGCGAACAAUCGGAGAGUUUAUUCGAGAAGAAAUCGCCGAUCCAAUACAAACUGAAUUCUAUAUUGGUCUUCCGCAAGAAUUCGAACAACGAGUAUCACCGUUAAUUCUAACCGAUGUCGAAGGAAUCUUGAAUAGUUCCAUGUUGACAGUGUAUCGUUUCUACAAUGAAGCCCAAACACAUCAAGCAGAAAUUCCAGCUGUAAACGGCAUCACUAAUGCACGAUCGUUAGCUCGUAUUUUUGCUUCACUCAUCGGCAAUAUUGAUGAUCGAAAGGAUAGUCGAUUAUUGCAACCGGAAAUCUUGCAACAUGCCACAACAUCGAAUACAUUGCCAAAUGAAAUCGAUGCCAUCUUGCAAAUAUCAUUUCCUUUCGGUAUGGGUUUUGUGCUUUACGAACAAGAUUUCCCGAUGUUCGGACCGAAAUCAUUUGGUCAUAGCGGUAAGAUUGAUCUGUAG